ACGCACAGUGGUGACGUAGAUGAUGAGCGACGGCACCGCGCGCUGUUUGGAGAAGACUGUCGGCUGUGAGUUGUCGGUGUCGUCGGUAGAUUUAACGGGUUUGUAGUGAAAUCUCUCGACUGUAAGGCAGUGCGGAGUUUCACAGCAGGCAUGUUCAGCCCCCGAGCCGCCCCGAGCUCCGGCCGCAGGCAGCCGGUCAGGACUACCGGGAGGAAGAGCGUGUCUGGAGCGGCCAGCAGCCUGCUGUUCUCCCCGCGGAGGACGCCUCUGUCGGCGAGGUCAACACCCACCAGAGCCCAGAGCCAUGCAGCGACAGAAUCCAUCAACUACGACGUUCAAACUUUCGGCUCAUCGCUGCCUGUUAAAGUGAUGGAGGCGCUGACCAUGGCUGACGCUGAUGACCAGAUCUCUGUGAAGGUGGAUGAGAGUGGCUGGGCCUGGAUGGUCUGUGGAGAGAGACUGAUCAUCUGGAAGAUCUGCCAGACUGCUGUGGCCAAGCUGUCGGUGUGUAAGGAGCUGCAGCUGCCCAGCAGUGAGUACAACUACACGGCCGAACAGGUAGCCGUGGCGUCGGCAGCUCCUCUGGAGACGGCGGCCGUCCAGUCCAUCUCGGUCCUUGCGGUGGCUGCGGAGGGAACAGCACGUUUGUGGCCGAGUAUGUCUCAGGAAGGAAACUACACAGAGACGGACGUGGACCUGGGGGAUCUGUGCAACUUUGUUGUUGCUGUUAGAGGGGGGAGCUUCGUCCUGUCCUCGGUGAAGAAUCGGCUGAUGAGAGCAAGUGUAGAUUCUUCUGGAAAGCUGCAGUACCGAGCCCUACAGCAGGGUCAGGGGAUGCUCUCGGGUAUCGGACGCCGCGUCUCCAGCCUGUUUGGGAUCCUCUCCCCGCCAACCAACGACACGCUCCACAGCGUGCUGUGGGUGGGCGGAGCCAGCAGUCUGUACACGCUGACCAGCUCCAGUCUGAGUAAAUGGGAGCUGGACGACAGCUAUGAACACCAGAUCCUCAGCUGGGACGCACAGAAAGCUCUGACAGAGAGCAUCGCGGACGCCAUCUGGGGCUCAGAGAGCAACUACGAGGAGAUGAAGGAGGGGGUCAACGUGACGUACCUGGAUAUGAAGCUGAGCCAAGCCGGUCUGGUGGUUUUGGCUGCAGCCUGGCAUCCUUCAGACACUCCCUGUCUGGCUUAUUUCUGCCUGAUCACCCUGCAGGACAGCGGAGCCGCCAUCUCUGACCAGUUCACCGUGGAGGUCACCAAGCACAGCGCUCCUUUCCAGAGUGAAGAGGCUCUGCAGGCGACCCGGCUGGUGCUGCCUCGCUCUCCUGGCACCACGGCCUUUCUUUACAACGAGGAGCUGGUGUUCGCCUGCUGGACGGGGACCAGCAGAGGAGGACUACCUGAUGAGAAAAUCAGCUUCAACUCAGCAGGCGAUGGCGUCCGUGGAGGAGGCUGCUGCGCCAACCUGCCCGUGUUUUUCUCCCUGAACAGCGGCCUGGUGGCGGUGGUCGCCCGGGAGAGCGCCUCCAUUCUGCCGGAGACGAUGGAGGACUCGCUGUGCUCCUCGCUGGCUGCAGCUCCAGAGGUUUCAGUGAUGGAGACGCCAAGCCGAGCUGAACCCGUCGCUCAGGAAGACAAAACCAAACUUCUGAAGGCGGCUUUCCUGCAGUUCUGUCGGAACGACCUGGUGGGCGCUCAGACGGUCACAGACGAGCUCUUCCCCGCCGACAGUGACGGGGAGGAAGGAGCCGAGCUGGACGGGGUGGUGACUCAGAUCGAUCUGGACCUGGUGGACGAUUACCCGGCUUCAGACCCACGUUGGGCUGAGUCUGUCCCCGAUGAGAGCGCCGGCUUUCCUCUCACCUCCCUCAUCAUCCUCCACCAGCUGGAGGACAAGAUGAAGGCUCACGGCUGCUUCAUGGACUUCCUGCUCCAGGUGGGUCUGCUGGACCGACUCGGCCAGGUGACGGUGCGCUCGUCUCCCAUGGCAACACGCCUCCUUCUGUGCGAGCACGCUGAGAAGCUCCAGGCGGCCAUGGUGCUGAAGAACCACCACACUAAACACGCCGAGCUGGUGAACAGAGCCAUCGGCAUCGCCCUGCAGAGGAACGGCACCACUGUCCCGCCCAGCCUCACCACCGCCGACGUCUUCUUCAGAGAGGUGUCCCAGAUCUCCUCAGUGUUCGAUUGUCUGCUGGAGGAGGAGGAGCGGAGUCUGAAGGAGAACCCGGUCGACUCGGUGCAGUGGGCAGAAGUUGUCCUCACCGUCAACAACAUCAUCAAGGACGUUCUGCAGGCGGCUGGUCAGUACAGAGAGACAAAGUCAUCUAUGUACAGAGCGUCUGAAAACGCCGCUACAGAGCCCGAGUACAUCCCCUGGACAGCAUCAGGAGGUGUCGGUGGUGUUCGCACCGUCAUCUCCCGCCAGCAUGAGAUCAUCCUGCGCUCUGUGUACCCGCACGCUGACUCAGAGCUGCGCAGCGCCCUCUGUGAGCAGCUGGUGGCGCUGUUGGACAUCUAUUUGAGUGGCUACGUGGCCCAGCUGACGUCUCUGCAGCAGCAGAGGCCCGCAGGAGCCCAACAGGAGCGCUACAACAGCCUGGAGAUGGAGUACAGCCAGCGCCGCUCCGAGCUGCUCGCCCCCCUCUUGGAGCUCGGUCAGUACCAGUGGGUGGCAGCGCUCGCUGAGAAGUACUGCGACUUCGACAUCCUGGUUCAGAUGUGUGAGCAGACCGACAACCAGAGCCGCCUGCAGCACUACAUGACCAAGUUCGCAGACCAGAACUUUGCAGACUUCCUGUUCCGUUGGUACAUGGAGAAGGGGAAGAGAGGGAAGCUGCUGUCUCAGCCGGCCGCUCAGCACGAGCAGCUGGCCAGCUUCCUGCAGUCCCAUCAACACCUGAGCUGGCUGCACCACAUCCACGUCCACGACUACGGCAGCGCUCACAGGACGCUGUACAGUCAGGCCAACAUGGAGACUCGCUACUUUGUGAAGAAGAAGACGCUGCUGGCUCUCAGUAAGCUGACCGCCCUGGCCUCCAACCUUCCUGAGGACGAGCUCAACAAACAGGUCGACGAGAUCGUGGAGCAGGAGCAUUUCCUGUUGCAUCAGGAGACUCUGCCCCGUCAGCUGCUGGAGGAGAAACAACAGAACCCCGACACCAUGCCUCUGCUCAGCGCUCACAACCUCAUACAGCUGUACAUCUGUGACGACAACAGACGAGCCAACGAGUACGACUUCAAAAAGGCGCUGGAUCUCCUGGAGUACGUCGACGAGGAGGAUGAUGUUGACCUGGAGUCGCUGAAAUGUGAGAUCUUUGGAAAAGCGCUCAGGAGAGACGACUGGUCGUCUGCUGACGGGACAGAUGACCCUCUGGAGGCUGCCAAGGACAGCAUCUUCGUCAAAAUCCUCCUCAAACUCAUUCAGGAAGGAGUUCCUCUGCAGACGUACCUGCCUGACGUCAAAGAGCUGCUGGAUCUGGACGAGCUGAGCUCCCUGAAGUCUAAACCGUCGUUUGAAUUUGUUCUUCGAGCGAAUUAUGAACAUUACCUUCAGGCUCAGAUGUGACGACCUCUCAGUCCCGGUAACGCCUCCUGCACUUCAGUUCUCCCUCUUUUAUUUUCAAGAUGUGUUUGACUCUUUUUUCUAAAUAAAUGUGUUCGUAUUUCUGUUA